CAUGUCCCCUGUGUCCCCAUUGUCCCCAUGGUGCCCCUUUCCUGGGGUACCUUUGUGCCCAAGGUCCCUGUGUCCCCAUUGUCCCCCUAUGUCCCCGUUGUCCCCAUGGUGCCCCUUCCCUGCAGUGCCCUUGUCCGUUUGUCCCCCCAUCCCCAUGGUCCCCACAUGUCCCCUCCCCGCGGUCCCCUUUCCCCGGGGUGCCGGUGUCCCCAGGGGUGCCGGUGUCCCCCCACGUGUGUGUGUGUGUGUCCCUGUCCCCAGGAGGGGCUGGCGCGGUGCCAGCGCGAGGCAGAGGAGGUGACGGAGCUGAUGAAGCAGAAUUUUGCCCGGGCGCUGGAGCGGGACGGGCGCCUCAGCGACCUCGACAGCCGGGCCCAGGAGCUGCGCGCCAUGGGCGAAACCUUCACCCGCAGCACCCGGGCUGUGGCGCGGCAGCAGCGCAGGGGACACCGGCGCUGGCGCCUGGUGGUCAUCGGCCUCGCCGGCCUCCUCCUCCUCCUCCUCCUCCUUAUCCUCGGCCUGGCACUAUGGCUGCCACGGCCACCCCCCGCCAUCAUCACUGUCACUGUCCCCCCCGGUACCCCCCCCCGGCGGGGACUGAGCCCCUGGCACGGCGGGGAGCCUGCCAGGACUUGGGGGAGACCCUACAAUAACAAACCAGCGUGAUCUGUUUUGGGGAGACCCUACAAUAACAAACCAGCGGGAGCAGCUUUGAGGAGACCCUACGAUAACAGAGCAGCAGGACCCACCCCAGGGAGACCUCCAUGAUAAAUAAGCACCAGGAUCUGCUUUGGGGAGACCCUACAAUAACAAAUGCGCCGGACCCUCUCCGGGGAGACCCUACAAUAACAAAGCAGCAGGAUCUGUUUUGGGGAUACACUACAAUAACAAACCAGCGCGAUCUGUUUUGGGGAGACCCUACAGUAACAAACUGGCAGGACCCUCUCCGCAGAGACCCUACAAUAACAAACCACUGUGCCUUGCUCCAAGGUGACCCUGCAAUAACAGCCCCUGUGGGAUCGAAUUCAGGGAGACCCUACAAUAACAAACCACCGUGCCUUGCUCCCGGGAGACCCUACAAUAACAAAGGGACCUGAUUUGGGGAGACCCUACCACAAUAAACCAGCACAACCCA